CGCGGGCAUCCCCGGGCCGCUGCGCCAUGUCCGCCGACUGGUUCCGGCGCCGCUUCCUGCCGGGGGGUCCGCUCCCCGCGCCGCGGCCGCCCCGGCCCCGCGCCAGCCCCGUGCCCUACCGGCGGCCCCGCUUCCUGCGCGGCUCAGGCUCCAGCCCCGGCACCGCCGACGCCUCGUGCCGCCCAGACGCCCGGCCAGUGCGCAGCCCGGUGCGGGGCCGCGCGCUGCCUUGGAACGCAGGCUACGCCGAGAUCAUCAAUGCAGAGAAAUCUGAAUUCAAUGAGGAUCAGGCAGCCUGUGGGAAGCUGUGCAUCCGGAGAUUUGAGUUUGGGGUUGAAGAGGACCAGGAAUGGCUGACCUUGUGCCCAGAGGAGUUCCUGACAGGUCAUUACUGGGCACUGUUUGAUGGUCACGGUGGUCCAGCUGCAGCUAUCCUGGCUGCCAACACCCUGCACUCCUGCCUACGCCGGCAGCUGGAGGCCGUGGUAGAGGGCAUGGUGGCCACUCAGCCCCCCAUGCACCUCAGCGGCCACUGCAUCCGCCCUAGUGACCCCCAGUUUGUGGAAGAAAAGGGCAUUAGGGCAGAAGACUUGGUGGUGGGGGCUCUGGAGAGUGCCUUCCAGGAGUGUGAUGAGGUGAUCGGGCGAGAGCUGGAGGCCUCAGGCCAGGUGGGUGGCUGCACAGCCCUGGUGGCUGUGACCCUGCAAGGAAAGCUGUAUGUGGCCAAUGCUGGGGAUAGCAGGGCCAUCUUGGUGCGGAGGGAUGAGGUACGGCCCCUGAGCUCUGAGUUCACCCCGGAGACUGAGCGGCAGCGGAUCCAGCAGCUGGCCUUUCUCUACCCUGAGCUUCUGGCUGGUGAGUUCACCAGACUGGAGUUCCCUCGACGACUGAAGGGGGAUGACUUGGGGCAGAAGGUUUUGUUCAGGGAUCACCACAUGAGCGGCUGGAGCUACAAGUGCGUGGAGCAGUCGGAUCUCAAGUACCCACUGAUUCAUGGACAGGGUAGGCAGGCUCGGUUACUGGGAACACUGGCCGUCUCCCGGGGCCUAGGAGACCAUCAGCUCAAAGUCCUGGACACAAAUAUUCAGCUCAAGCCCUUCUUGCUCUCUGUCCCACAGGUGACUGUGCUGGAUAUGGACCAGCUGGAGCCGCAGGAAGAGGAUGUAGUUGUCAUGGCAACUGAUGGGCUCUGGGAUGUCCUGUCCAAUGAGCAGGUGGCACGGCUGGUGCGGAGCUUCCUCCCUGGCAACCGAGAGGAUCCACACAGGUUCUCGGAGCUGGCCCAAAUGCUGAUACACAGCACACAGGGGAAGGACGACAGUCCCACACAGGAAGGGCAGGUGUCCUACGACGACGUCUCUGUGUUCGUGAUUCCCUUGCACAACCAGGGCCAAGGGCGCAGUAGCCACUGA